CGCACUGUCGGAGGGGGACCUGUGAGUGAGUGUUCCGUGUGCGAGUGUGUGUGCGUGUGUGUGUGUGUGCUGAACUGAGCGGAGGUGAAGAAGAGGAGGAUGAAGCUUGGAGCGGAGGAUGGGAGGAAGAGUGGAGUAAGAGACAGGCUAGCUGCGUGUGAAUGAGUGAGGGAAGAAGAGGAGAAGGUCGUCUGAGGGGCCGAAGACAAGAGGAUACUUCUGUUUUUUGGGGUCUAUCUCCGGAGCUUUACUAAAGAAAACUUUUAACUUUUUUUUUUUACCCGCCACAGCUCGGCUUGAGCCCGGAGCCGGCUUUGUUUCGCGGCGGGGGUGUCUAAGAUAAAUGAAGGAAUAAAAGAGAAGCCGUCGAUAUUUUUUACCAAAGCGGGGAAUACCCUGGAAUUGAUUUUAAUACAGGUUGCAAGAGGAUGGCGGCCAAUAUGUACCGAGUGGGAGACUACGUUUACUUUGAGAACUCCUCCAGCAACCCAUACCUGAUCCGGAGAAUAGAAGAGCUCAACAAGACAGCCAAUGGGAAUGUGGAGGCGAAGGUGGUGUGUCUGUUCAGGAGGAGAGACAUCUCAGGCAACCUCAACACUCUGGCAGACAGCAACGCAAGAGAGUUUGAGGAGGAGUCCAAGCAGCCGGCGCUGUCUGAGCAGCAGAAGCACCAGCUGAAACACAGGGAGCUUUUCUUGUCUCGACAGUUUGAGUCUCUACCUGCCACUCAUAUACGGGGAAAAUGCAACGUCACCCUCCUCAAUGAAACGGACGUUCUGGCUGGUUACCUGGAGAAGGAAGACUGUUUCUUCUACUCGCUGGUGUUUGACCCUGUCCAGAAGACGCUGCUGGCUGAUCAGGGGGAGAUCCGGGUGGGCUCUAAAUACCAGGCAGAGAUUCCUGACAAACUCGCUGAAGAUGAAGUUGACACCCGGGUCCAGGAGAAGAUGGAAACAAAAGUUUGGGACCCCAGCAACCAGCUGAAGGACGCCCAGAUCGACCAGUUCCUUGUUGUUGCAAGAGCUGUGGGGACGUUUGCCCGGGCCUUGGACUGCAGCAGCUCCAUCCGUCAGCCCAGCCUCCACAUGAGUGCAGCUGCAGCUUCCAGAGACAUCACACUGUUCCAUGCCAUGGACACAUUGCAGAAGAACAACUACGACCUGGCCAGGGCCAUGUCCACGCUGGUCCCUCAGGGGGGUCCAGUGCUCUGCCGGGACGAGAUGGAGGAGUGGAGCGCCUCGGAGGCCAUGCUGUUUGAGGAGGCACUGGAGAAAUACGGCAAAGACUUCAACGACAUCCGUCAGGACUUUCUGCCCUGGAAGUCUCUGGCCAGCGUAGUCCAGUUUUACUACAUGUGGAAGACCACCGACCGCUACAUCCAGCAGAAACGACUAAAGGCAGCAGAGGCAGACAGCAAGCUCAAACAGGUCUACAUCCCCACUUAUACCAAACCCAACCCCAAUCAGAUCAUGAUGCCAGGCAGCAAGCCCGGCCUGAACGGAGCCACAGGCUUCCAGAAGGGACUGAGCUGCGAGAGCUGCCACACGGCCCAGUCUCCUCAGUGGUAUGCAUGGGGCCCCCCAAACAUGCAGUGCAGACUAUGUUCUUCUUGUUGGAUCUACUGGAAGAAGUAUGGCGGUUUGAAGACCCCCACUCAGCUGGAAGGAGCAGCUAGAGCCGGCUCUGAGUCGGGCUCUCGCAGUCACAUGACCCGCCAGGAGGUCCAGGGUCUGUCACCGUUCACUCGCAACGAGGGCCGAGCCAAGCUGCUGGCCAAGAACCGGCAGACCUUCAUCCUGCAGACCACCAAGCUGACCCGCAUCGCACGGCGGGUGUGUGAGGACAUCCUGCAGCCCCGCCGCGCCGCACGCAGACCCUACGCCUCCAUCAACGCCAACGCCGUCAAGGCUGAGUGUAUGAUCAGGCUGCCUAAAGCCACUAAGUCUCCGUCAAAGAGCAAGGUGAUACCUCGACAGUCUCUGGCCACUAUAGUGAAGGAUUUAGCCAUCUCAGCUCCUCUGAAGCUGAAGGCCUCUAGAGGUCCUCCAACACCCAUCAACAGGAACCAGGCCAGCCAGCCUCGAGUGGCCCAAAGCCUGCUGGGAAAGAGAGGCUUUGACUCUGCGACAGGGGUGCCCUACCCAGCCAAUGGGAGGCCGUACACAUCAGGCAUGAGAACCACGUCGCAGUCGGUCAUCAAGCGGCAGAAGGUCAGCCAGGGAGAAGCUCCCAAUCCUGUGGUGUUUGUGGCCACCAAGGACACCAGGGCUCUGAGGAAACACCUGACCCAGUCAGAGAUGCGCCGGGCAGCAAGAAAACCUCACCUGCUGGUCCGGAUCAAGCUGCCGCCUCCGCCCCGCUCCCUGGCCAUGCCGCUGCUCCCCUCCAGCACCAGCGAGCCCAUCGUCCUGGAAGACUGAAGCCUGGUGGGGGGUGUUUUAAUGGGACAUGGGGCUGGGGAGGGAACCGCUGAGGGUUUGACUCCCAGGCAGCACACAUUGCCAUAAAGUACUCUGAUCUUUCCUGUUUUUAGUUUUUGUUUCCUUGUUUUUCUCCCUAAACAUGUCUUGUUCAGCACACACAGAUGACAGAAUAUUUUUUCUUAUUUAAAAUAAAAAGCAGCUUCACAUUUCCAUGCUCUCAUAAAUCCUGGAUUAUUAAACAGCCCGUCUUAUUACGUUUUCCAAAUGUAUAAUUUAAAUUCUGAUAUUUCUCACCUCAAAAAAGUGAUGAAGCACAUUUUGAUUUUCUUCUGCAUCUGGUAUGUUUUUGUAAAUAGAUUUCUCUCCAUGUCAGCCUGCUGCUGAGCGCAGCGGUCAGCUGCUCAGUCCAAGCGAUCCGUCAUCGUUUCAGUUUGAUCCGACGUUUGGCUUCCCAUCAAAGGAACGGUGUGAGCUGGGCUCGUUGGUAACCGUGUCACCUGCCGCAUUGUUAGUUUAGCUUUUAGGUUGUCAACUGCAGGUGGACAAGAGAUCCAAAAAGAGCAUCACCGUUAACCCCUCACAUAACAUCAGAUUGAAUAAUGAUGAUUUUUCUUAUGCAACCUGUCAUCUUCUAAAAAGAUUAAGCAGCAAUAAAUUUAAAAAAUAAUAAUAAUUUUUUUUUUUUUAGAGUGUUGAUCAGGAAGUUCUUCAUGUGGCUAUAACUCUCUUCUGAACAGAAGCCAAGUUUCUGAUUGGGAUUCGGGUGUUUUGGUGUUUUUAUCUCCCCAGUUUGUCUUAUUAGGGCGAACGCUGAAAGGAAGUUGUUCAUUUGCUGUUUGAAAAUUAUUGAAAUAUCCACAGUUUCUGGGUAUUACACCAGUUUUACACAUUGGUCCCAUUGUGGACUAACUUUUUCAAAAACUAAAAAAAGUCUAGAGUGUAGCUUGUACAAAGCCAUGUAAAUUAAAAAAAGAUUGGCUCCUUUUUUUAAAAGAAAUAAGUGAAAAGGAACUGCUUCUCCUUAAUGGUGGAGAUUACUCUAACAUGUCCAGUCAACAGGUUGGGGAGGGGUGACUUUCAGAAGGGACAGGGGCUGAUUUUUGUAAAAGGAGAGAGACUAACAUGCCACAAUAAAAGGUUUUCUCAAUUGUUUUUAUUUUUUAUUUUUAUUCCGUCUGUAUCCUUAAAUGUAUCUUGUUAAGAAAAAUAAAGAUUUUCUUUUU